AUCCUAUAAAUAUCAUUUAACUUCUCCACUUCUAAAUCAAACUGAUUAUGAGAUUUGGUCUUCAUUUGAAGAUCAUGUCUAUACUUUAUGUUUUCUCGCUUCUUCUUCUCUUAGAAGUACCAAAGUCGUGCAUUGCUGAAAAAAAAGAAGAAAAGUGGGAUCAUUUCAUAUAUGCUCAACAAUGGCCGAAAGGCUAUUGCGAUUCCCCACAUACUGGAACACGAAAAUGUCGUAUAGUACCAGAAAAAUUUGUUAUUCAUGGACUGUGGCCUCAAAAUGAUAAUGGUACACUUCCUAAAUGCAAAACUAAGACUCCCAUUUAUAGGAAGGAUUUAAAACCCUUGACAAGACAACUUGAUGAGGAUUGGCCAAAUUUAAUUGGCAAAAAUUUUAACUUUUGGAGAGUGGAGUGGACAAAGCAUGGAGGAUGUGCAGAGAAAACGCUCCCACUACUGGAAUAUUUCAACCUGGCUUUGCAUAUUUAUGACCAAAAUAAUCUGUUGAAUAUUCUUGAAAAGGAGCAAAUAGUCCCAGAUGACAAAAAACAUUAUAAUGUUAGUUCCGUUGUUGCUGCAGUUCAGAAUCACACUAGCCAUGUUCCUUCGCUUUAUUGUUAUCAUGAUCCAAAACUAAAUGCUACUGCUCUCUAUCAAAUUAGUAUUUGUUUGACCAAAAAUGCAACCUCAUUUAUAAACUGUCCGAAAUCUGAUGGUACUUGUGGGGAAGACAGUUUAUUAUUCCCAAAAUGAGUUUAUGCACCAAUAAUUUUUAAUAAAUAAAAUACAAGUAUUCAUUUUCCUUGUAA